CGCGCCCCUCCGGCCCCCGCGGCGCCCCUUCUCCGCCGCGCGGGAACCCCCGCGGCCCAGCCGGGCCCCCUCCCCCUGCGAGCCGGCGGCGGCCCUCCCGGCAGGCGGGCGGGCGGAGGCCCGGGCGGCGCGGGCGGGGGCGGGGCGGGGCGGUGCGCCCGAAGCCCGGAGCCCGGCCCUGAGCUCGGCUUGCCUCGCCUCGCGGCGGGCGCCCUCGUCGCCAGCGGCGAACCAUGGACGGGCUGCCCGGUCGGGCGUUGGGGGCCGCCUGCCUUCUGCUCUUGGCGGCCGGCUGGCUGGGGCCCGAGGCCUGGGGCUCCCCCACGCCCCCGCCGUCGCCCGCCGCCCCGCCGCCGCCCCCGCCGCCGGGAGCCCCGGCUGGAUCGCAGGACACCUGUACGUCGUGCGGCGGCGGCUUCCGGCGGCCGGAGGAGCUGGGCCGGGUGGACGGCGACUUCCUGGAGGCUGUGAAGCGGCACAUCUUGAACCGCUUGCAGUUGCGGGGCCGGCCCAACAUCACGCACGCCGUGCCUAAGGCCGCCAUGGUCACGGCCCUGCGCAAGCUGCACGCGGGCAAGGUGCGCGAGGACGGCCGCGUGGAGAUCCCGCACCUCGACGGCCACGCUAGCCCGGGCGCCGACGGCCAGGAGCGCGUCUCUGAAAUCAUCAGCUUUGCGGAGACAGAUGGCCUCGCCUCCUCCCGGGUCCGCCUCUACUUCUUCGUCUCCAAUGAAGGCAAUCAGAACCUGUUUGUGGUGCAGGCCAGCCUGUGGCUUUACCUGAAGCUCCUGCCCUAUGUUCUGGACAAGGGCAGCCGGCGGAAGGUGCGGGUCAAAGUGUACUUUCAGGAACAGGGCCAUGGUGACAGGUGGAACGUGGUAGAGAAGAAGGUGGACCUUAAGCGCAGUGGCUGGCACACCUUCCCCCUCACUGAGGCCAUACAGGCCCUGUUUGAGCGUGGUGAGCGGCGUCUCAACCUGGAUGUGCAGUGUGACAGCUGCCAGGAGCUGGCCGUGGUGCCCGUGUUUGUCGACCCUGGGGAGGAGUCACACCGGCCCUUUGUGGUGGUGCAGGCUCGACUGGGUGACAGCAGGCACCGCAUUCGCAAGCGAGGCCUGGAGUGCGAUGGCCGGACCAGCCUCUGUUGCAGGCAACAGUUCUUCAUUGACUUCCGGCUCAUUGGCUGGAACGACUGGAUCAUUGCACCCACCGGCUACUAUGGGAACUACUGUGAGGGCAGCUGCCCAGCCUACCUGGCGGGGGUCCCUGGCUCAGCCUCCUCCUUCCACACAGCUGUGGUGAAUCAGUACCGCAUGCGUGGCCUGAACCCUGGGCCUGUGAACUCCUGCUGCAUCCCCACCAAGCUGAGCUCUAUGUCCAUGCUCUACUUCGAUGAUGAAUACAACAUUGUCAAGCGGGACGUGCCCAACAUGAUCGUGGAGGAGUGCGGCUGCGCCUGACAGUAGCGGCUGGGGGCCUGGCAGCUGCAGGGUGGAGGUCAGUCCCAUUGGGCUCCUUCUGGCCCCUGUGGGAACAGGAGGUGAAAGCGGGCUGAGCGUGGUGCUGCUGUUGGGUUGCAGAGUACUAGGGUGAGGCUUGAAAGAAUUUUUUUCUCUUCCAUAGAUCAACCAGUCAAACCCAGAGGGAGAACCUCCUCGAUUGACAUGAGAGGCUCAAAUGCACACAUAGACAUGCACAGCCAGACCCGUCCCACCACCUACACCGCAGCCUCCAGGAUACCAGCAAAUGGAUAUGGUGACAAAUGGCAUCUUAGCUACUAAGGCCUGUCAGUUGGAGAGAAUGGGGUGAGCAGCCUCCAUUCCCACCAGCUGGCCUGGCCACUCUGAAUCGCGCCUUCUGAGCACAUAUAAAAGCACAAAGACAAGAGACAGAGAGAGAGAGAGAGAGAGAGAGAGAGAGAGAGAGAGAGAGAGAGAGAGAGCGGGAGUAUAAGCCACUGACUGAGAGGAAAGCAGAGUGGGGAGCUGGGCAGGCCAGGGCUCAGUGCCCUCUGAGUUGUACCAGGCCUGCCCCUCCUCAGCAGCUCCUAGUGCAGUGGUGUGCAUUCACUCCCGCACUUGGCAUUCUCUACACUGCCAAGCCAGGGGAGCUGUGCUUCUGAGCCCUCAGAGAGGGAAGUCUGCUCAGGAGGGACUUGACCUGUCAGAUACCAUGGAGCCGGAGCAAUGACUCUUUGACUAUCACUAGGGUUCCUGACAUGUAUGUGUGUGUGUGUGUGUGUGUGUGUGUGUGUGUGUGCGUGUGUAGGGGAGAGGAGAGGGGUCUUAAUUUGAUGCUUUAACUCACCUCCAAUAGUUGACAAGUCAUUCAUACCAAUUGUAGAACUGAAAAGAGACUUUUUUUUAUCAGGUAUGACCUUUAAAAUGAAAAUCUGAAUUGUUUCAAGUGAGAAG